AUGUUAAAGGCGCCACGUAGAAGUUUAUUCAGGUUACUACCAGUUGACAUAUCUUUUAGGAAGCUUGAAAGCGGUAUUCCAUCGCUGAAUGAGAUUAAGAAACCAGAAGAUGAUUAUCAUCCGUCAAAAUAUACGAUUUUUGGCAACAAACGGGAGGAUCCAAUGCAUUAUACCGAUAGAAAAGUGGGUCGAGGUUACUGGCAAUUCUCGAAUACUAUUUUUCACUCACGACCAAGGAUUCAUCCAAAAUUAGCGAAGGGAUUAAAGCGGAAUUUUUAUAUAAUGUUUGCUAUUCUUCUGGGCUUGUGCACAGAUUAUGACUGGCUUGGAUAUCAGAUCAAGAAAUUCACGAUGAAUUUUCGUUCAGAAGCUGCUGAUUACAACCCACGUGAACACCAAAACUUUAACGAUAUGGCAUAUUUUAUUCCUUCUGCAUAUUUUCUUCUUGCACAGGAAAUCUAUGACUUGCAAUCAGUAAAUGUAAUAGCUUCACUAUUUGAGGAUAAACCCAUGCCAGAACAGCCUUAUCUUUUGCGAGAAGAAAGUGAAUGUGGGAGAUGGAGAGUGAGAAGGCAUGAUACGGAGAGUAACGAUCAAAGACCACAGUACAAUAAACAAGCAGCUCAGAUAGACUUGCCUGGUUUAACAAAGCUAUUUGUGAUUGCAGAAAGGAUGGAAAUGGUGGGCGGUGUGGUAUGUGCUACUGCAGCGACAACAACGACGACGAUGACGACAACCCAACGGCCAAAACCGAAUUUGCCAUCGUUUGAAGAAAUAAGACGUGCGGUACCGCCAUCAUGUUUCGAAAGGCCUCUGUUGAAAUCGCUAUUUUAUCUUGUUCUCGAUUUCGUAAUAUUGUACGGUUUAUACAGAUUUGUUGAUGCAUUCGAAUCAUUUGGGAUUUACGGGCUGUUUAUAUGGUAUUGUUUUAUGGGAAUGUUUGGAUCGUCACUGUUUGUGAUUGGUCAUGAUUGCGGUCAUGGUACCUUCUCUGAAUAUACUUGGGUCAACGAUCUUUUUGGACAUAUUGCUCAUGCUCCACUUUUGGCACCUUAUUGGCCCUGGCAAAAGUCGCACAGACGACAUCAUCAGUACACUUCUCAUAUUAACAAUGACAUGGGACAUCCUUGGGUGCUCGAAAAAGAUUUUAUGACACGUGGUUGGAUAACGCGCAAUUUUUCAAAGAUCCCACUUUCCGGUUUUAUUCGGUGGAGUCCGAUUUAUACAAUGGUCGGUUUACCAGACGGUAGCCACUUUUGGCCUUAUAGUAAACUUUUUAACACCAAUCGUGAACGAGUGGAAUGUGUUAUUAGUGGUUUAGCAUGUUUAUUUUGUGCUGUGGUGGCCUUUGUUAUAUGUAAUAACAGCUGGUUCACAUUCAUCAAGUAUUAUUACAUUCCGCUGUUGUUUCAAGGUUACUGGCUUGUUGUCAUAACUUAUUUGCAACACAACGAUUAUAGUAUAGAGGUUUAUGAGGAAGGCUACUGGAGUUAUGUGAUGGGGCAAGUACAAACCAUCGAUCGAAUGUACGGUUUUGGUAUUGAUACAUUGCUGCAUCAUAUCACUGAUGGGCACGUGGCCCAUCAUUUCUUCUUCACAAAAAUUCCUCAUUACCAUUUGAUCGAAGCAACAGCGGCAAUUAAAAAAGUUCUAGAGCCUUAUAAGGCAUAUCGAUGUAAAAGCAACGCCGAUUUUUUGUUGGAUUUUUUGAUGCUCAAUAUAAAACUGGAAUAUCUUAUUGGUAAAGGUACUGGCAUCCUUACCUAUAGUGGACAACAAAAAGAGGAAUGA